AGCUCUCAUUCACAGCAGUUGCUCCUCGGCCCUCGCAGGAAUUAGACGCGCGGACGGUAGUCGAAAACACACGCGCUGAACGAACACCUGUCAUGAUUUUGCAUCAUUCGCUCAAACAACACUCUUAGACUCAAAUUAUUCAUUGAUUGGUCUAUGUUUGAGUGCUUUCUGUUGGCCAACUUGUUGGCUAAUCGCUCCUGCUCGGGAUACUGUCAACACACUCCUGUUUCUUUACCUGCAGGACAGGAUAAACGUUUGUUUAACAGGAGCCCGCAACAAACUCGCACGAAAUUUAGUCCGGGAAUAUAAACAACGCACGUCGGAAACAAUGAAUAGCCAGUUAUUAUAGAGACAGUGAUACCGCCUCUUUUUCUGUUCGUUAGAGCCACGGUACCCGAAAUAGCACCGCACUCUUCAUUAAUAUUAAUCAAACCUUUUCCGAUUGGGUUUGGCAAGAAUAGUAGUGCGCGCAUCUAGCCGUCGUUUCAUCUUAGCUUGUUCAAAAGCAGCAUGUUUCCGCGACCUACGAAGGCACAUUGUGUUGUUUGAGGAAAGCCAAACUCAGUAUAAAGAAACAGCGAGGUUUUUAACGGUGUGAAGUGUGAAUACUUUUCUUUAUCGAUCAAACUAUGCAGCACCACCCCGGGUCCUGGUACCUACCCUGGGGAGUUCCCCUGCAGAAGAUGGUGGCUGUGCCUAUACAUCCAGCUGGGCCUUUACAUUUGCAGCCCCCUGCCAUGCAUGUGCAGCCCAUGCUGACUGGCCUCCCGGCGCCGCUUGCCACACUGAGGACCUUCGUUACUCAGCCCGCCAUGAGGCAGCCGCAAAGAAAGAUAUGCGGAGGUGAAAAGGACAAGGGCAAAUUGACAGGAACAGAAAAGAGAAAAGCAGACGACGGCGAACCCAACAAAGAUCUUAAAAAGGCGAAACUGGAAACCAAAGCUCUGAAAGCCAAACGACCGGGCUUCACGGAUGAUCGCUACAACGAAACGUCUUACUACAUCGAAAACGGGCUGCGGAAAGUAUAUCCUUACUAUUUCACUUUCACAACAUUCACUAAAGGGAGGUGGGUCGGCGAGCGGAUCUUGGACGUAUUUGCUCGAGAAUUUCGAGCGCAUCCCGCCGAAGAGUACGAAAGGUGCAUCCAAGCAGGAACUCUAACUGUAAAUUAUGACAAGGUCCCUAUAGACUACAAGCUAAAACAUAAUGACCUUCUGGCCAACGUAGUCCACAGACAUGAAGUGCCCGUCACUAGCCAACCCAUCACCAUUGUACACAUGGAUGAGGACAUUGUGGUGGUCAACAAACCUGCCUCAAUCCCUGUCCAUCCUUGUGGUAGAUAUCGACACAACACCGUAGUUUUUAUACUUGCCAAAGAAUAUAACUUGAAGAAUUUAAGGACAAUACAUAGACUGGAUCGAUUAACAAGUGGUCUGUUACUUUUUGGCAGAUCUCCAAAGAAAGCUAGACAAAUGGAACACCAAAUACGGAACAGACUGGUGCAGAAAGAAUACGUCUGUAGAGUGGAAGGCGAGUUCCCAGACGAAAUAAUAGAAUGUAAAGAACCUAUUGAAGUCGUUAGCUACAAAAUAGGCGUCUGUAAGGUCUCUCCUAAAGGAAAAGACUGCAACACCAUUUUUCAAAAAUUAGGUUUUAACGGAAAAACUAGCAUUGUUCUGUGUAAACCCAAGACCGGACGAAUGCACCAAAUCAGGGUACACUUACAGUAUUUAGGAUAUCCCGUCGUGAACGACCCGUUGUACAACCACGAAGUCUUCGGCCCAGUGAAGGGCAAAGGAGGAGACUUGGGGGGGAAAACGGACGAAGAAUUAGUACGUGACCUUAUCCACAUUCAUAAUGCAGAGAAUUGGUUAGGAAUGGACGGAGAUAGCGAAUUAUCUAUGUUCAAUCCCAGAAAGGGAGAUCUGGACGACUCCUUGGUGGGACCUCUUGUGCCUAAAGAUCGAGUUUUAGGAGACGACGACGCAGACCCAGUGUCGAGAGAACCAUCACCGUGUGAUGAAUCCUGUGACAACAACACUUCGAUUUCUUGCGAAUCUUUACCGCAUCCUUUAGCCGUAUCGUCACUCACCACAAGCCGAAACGUCGACGCAAAAGUCACUGUCGCAACGCAAACGGGCCACGAAGCGCCAGACUUUAGCUUUAAUCCCGACAAAAUGACAGUGGACAAGCACUGUUACGAAUGCAAGGUCCGGUAUCGGGACCCCAAACCACAAGAUUUAGUUAUGUAUUUGCACGCUUGGAAAUACAGGGGCCCCGGCUGGGAAUUCGAGACGGAGCUCCCGGACUGGGCGAGAGUAGACUGGGUAGAUCCAGACAUAUCCGAGUGAUGACUACUGCGAAACUUCUUUCCCUAAUAUAAGGCAUCUCUUAUCCACUCUGUCUUUCCAUGCUCUUAGAUUAUUGUUGUAGGGUCAAGCAGCCCAAGCAAAGGCAGGGUCCAAAAAACAAUCAUUUCGUUAGAUUGCGUUGAAUAUAGGUUAAAUAAAUGAAUUAGUUGAAUUGAAGGGUAAAGUUGAUUAAGUUUUAGAGAGUUUUAGGCAUGUUACGUUGCUUAAAUUCAACCACAACUUUGUGGGUAUUUCAGUGCUAUCUUGAGCGGUUUUUAAGGUCGGCGUCUAGUACUCAUUGUAUAAUGAAAAUUGCAAUCAAAUAUUUUUAUAUAAGAAUAUCGUGUCUAAAGGAGUCACUUGAAACUCUAUUGUAGUCGUUACAAUAAGUGCCAUGAUUUGUAUAAAUAUCUGCGGAUUGUUGCACCAGCAGAUUUUCAUUUCUUCUCAUCAAUAAAAGUACUGGAAUACAUAUUGUGCCUUGAAAGUGUGUUGUGAAAUCAUUUGCAGAUUCUCUAUCGAAAAUAUCCCGACUCUCAUAUCAGCUUCGGACCCUUGCUUAGUCAAUUUUAACUUACUUAUUGUUAUUAGCGUUAUUACUUUCGAAGCACUGACAGGGAUUGUUAUGUGACCUUUGUAGACAGGUAGGCCCCCAAAUAUUUUCCUUUCUUAUUUUAGCCGCUUUAGAAUUAAUUAGAAUUAGUUAAAGAACUGCAACAAUCUAUUCAGGUUAAUUAUCACAGGACAUCGUUUUAUUUUUUUUUUUAUUAAUAAAGUUAUCAAUUUUAGUGAUAUUACAAUAAGUUGAAAAUAACUUAACAGAAGUUUUGGAGAAGGUGAAAAUAGGCCUAGAGAAUUAUUUUCAAAUCGAUCACAAUUUUUUUUAAACAACAAAGUCGGCAUACAUAAAGAACACUACCUCAUUUUUCUAGAGCGGCGAUUUACGUGUUUAAUUCCGAAAAUUUUUUGGUGUCCUUUUAAAUAGUUUCAUUCCUUUUACAUGGGAUGUUAUUUAUUGAAUUCCAAGUUAAAGUUAACAAUUAAUGAAGUCAGUGCUUUAUUAUCGGAUAAUUUCAAAUAAAGACACUUUACAAACAUUCACUGUAUACAUCACAUGACAUCACAGCUUCCUUCAACAAUAGAGGAAGUUUUCCUCCACCUAGCUGGGCGCCAUCUGCUGAAAACUUCUCUUGUUCAGGCGGAUAAAGGGCAGAACUAAUGCCGGGUGAAGGGAAACUUCCUUCAUUGAUCGGGAAAGUUGUGCGUACACCUCUAAAAAAUAAGUUUGUUUGUAAACGGUCAGUUUUUCUAAAAAUAUACCAAGCACCUAUUUUAGUUUCUAAAUCAAUUAUACAAAAUUUUUGGCAUUACGAAAAGUAUUUUUGUAUGACGUAUAAACGGCAAAAACGGAUAUGUUUUUAGCAAAAACUACCGGUAACGUAAUUAAUCUUUGUGAUGUUACGACAAUUAUAGGGACCUAUUCUACAAUAGCAUAAGUUUUUAUUAUCGUCACUAGCGUGUAUGACAUAAAGAAAACAGAUCAUUCUGCUCUCGCAUAUAACCAUACAUUUGAUUACGCUUUUAAAUAUGCAAAAUUCGUUUCUCGUCAUAUUUAUAUUUUCGUAGAGCAAUUAAGUGCACUAACUGAAAAGCGAGCUAGAGACGCAUGGUUGAUUUACAUUAUUAAUUACAAAAUUUUAACUGUUUGACGCAUAUCUCUUAGCCAAUUCACGAAUGGAUUUUAAAAUAAUACAAUCCCGAAAUGAGCUUAUAACAUUAUUCAAGUAUUUAUAGCUUUUAUAAUUUUUUAAAAAGUACAAUAAAAUUAAAUCCUACAAGAUUUAUGUGCAAGCUUUGCGCUUCCAAUUGUAUAAGUAAAUAGCCUAUAGUUUGAACAUAAGAUCAAAACGUGAAAAUAUUCAAGAUAAAUAUUUUGGUAUAUAAACGCCACGCCGUGCAACUAUUAUUUUUCAUGGUUUGUUUUCUUUCGCUGAUUUCUUGCAUAUUAUAUACAUAUUUUCGUAAAAGACAGUAUUGUGUUAUAUAUUGUUAUAUUUUCCUUUAUUGUUAAAGUUACCAUUCACAGCAUUUUUCAUCUGUUCUAUUAUGUAAUUAUAGGGUUGUAUUUUUAGUCAUAUUUUAUUGUGAAUGGAACAUUAUACAUAUACGAUACAGACGUUGUAGCGUUGCUACAGUAUUGUUAUAUCUUUUUUUUUUUCAUAGCUUGUUGUAAUCUGUGAUGAUUAUUGUUUAUACAGCUAUGACAGGUUAUUUUGAAGUGUAGAAACUAUGUAAGCAUUGUAGACAGUGUGUAAUAAAACAAUUUUAAAAUUAA